CAGCCGGAGGUUGUUUUUCCCGUGUAAGGUGCAGGAGUGUGUCGCGUGGGACUAAUUUACAGAGAGCUUUGAUCUACAGUCUCAUUAUGCGCGCCGCGCGUCCCAUUUAGACCAGCACUUCACCAGCCGCGGGUUUAAUGCAAAACUCCAAACUAAUCAGUCACUUCACUCCAGACAACAGCGGGGGGAACACUAAAGUUCGCUUUUUAUUUUCCUUUAUAUUCUUCAUGAUUGCUGGUCCAGAGAUUGGACGCCACGCAGCAGUUCUCGAUCCAUUCCAGACGACGUGGUUCUUCUGCUCCAGCCUUUCUCGUUGUUUCACGCUUUUGUAACAAGCGGAGCGCGAAACCGUACAGUCAAACCAGAUCUGUCGCGAUGCGUGGAAAUAUAGGCGCCUUUAAAGUGGACAUCAACUCACUUUGACAUUCUUUGGCUUUUAAUUGUCCUUUUUUCUUUGUUUCUUGAUCAGGAUUUGUUUGAGCGUCUUUUUCACCCACAAAUACAAGCAUAAGAUGCAAAGAUGCUGUUGUAGACCAACAACGAUAACAACAACACAAUGGCACGUGCUGCGUAAACAUUUGUUAUUGAUCUCCGUGCGCUUUCUUCAGGAUAUAAAACACUUGAUGGAUUGAAAAUUUAUUUCUGGCAUAUAUUCAGAAAUCAACAUUAAUUUUGAUCGUCACUGUACACUUGCUCACUGUAGUUCGAUGGAGGUGUGAAGACUCUCGAGACUUGUUUUUCCAAGGUUGGAAAUGAAUUUCGAUCAGGUGCUGGCCACAAUCGGUGGCUUUGGGAGAUACCAGAAGCUUCUGUAUGUGUGGAUAUGUCUACCGCAGAUCUUUCUCGCAUUCCACAUGAUGGCGAGCGUCUUCACAGGCGCCACGCCACCGCACCAUUGUUGGGGUUCAGGGAUGGAGAACGCGUCCCUUACUGUCGGAAACCUUUCAAAUGUGAAUCUGAGCAUCUCCCUUCUGCCAGGACAUGCGGACUCGUGCACAACAGUUUCAGGAAAGAACUACAGUACACACUCUACUUGUGAGACAGGAUGGGUGUACAGCCACGAGAUCUUCCAGAGAACCACCGUCACUGAGUGGGAUCUGGUGUGUGACAAGGCAGGUCUAAGCAGUCUGGGCUCCUCUAUCUAUAUGCUGGGGUUGCUUGUAGGAGCUGUCGUGUUUGGAGCUAUGGCAGACAGGUAUGGGAGGAGGUUUGCCAUGCUCUUGUCUUUAGCCCUUCAGACAGUGUUUGGUGUGGCUGCUGCCUUCGCUCCAAACUUCCCUGUUUAUGUCACCCUGCGCUUCAUCAUAGGAAUGACUGUGUCGGGCGUGAUAAUCAAUGCGUUUGUUCUAGGCACAGAGUGGACCUGCACACAGAGACGGAUGCUGGCCGGCAUCUUCACCGACUACUUCUUCGGUUUUGGCUACAUGCUGCUGGCAGGUGUGGCUUAUCUCAUCAGAGACUGGAGAAAUCUGCAGCUGGCAAUCUCUGCACCAGGAUUUCUCUUCAUAUUCUAUAUAUGGGUUCUUCCACAUUCGGCCCGUUGGCUUUUGGUGAAUAACCGAAAUGAAGAGGCGAUUGAUCUUCUGCGUAAGGCAGCUAUGGUCAAUGGUCGCACCUUACCUCCCACUGUUCAGGUGGAGCGAUAUGAGGGUCCACAAGGACGGAGUCAGUAUUCAGCUGUUGACCUGCUCCGAACUCCCCAGAUGAGGAAGAGAGCGCUCAUACUCUUCUAUAUCUGGUUUGUGAAUGUGUUGGUGUAUUAUGGUCUGUCUCUGGGUGUGUCAGACCUCGGGGCAGACCUUUACCUCUCUCAGUUCAUGUUUGGAUUGGUGGAAAUUCCCGCAAGGUCGCUGGUGUUGGUUCUCCUGCCCUGUAGUCGACGAAUCCCACUGAGUGUGUUCCUUGCUGUGGGAGGCGGUGCAUGUCUGCUGACUCUCACUGUUCCAGCAGACAAUGCAAAUAUUCGGACUGCUUUGGCCAUGGUGGGGAAAUUUGGAAUUACAGCAUCUUUUGCCAUCAUCUAUAUUUAUUCUGCAGAAUUAUUCCCGACUGUUCUCAGGCAAACAGGUAUUGGUGUUUCUUCUAUGUUUGCACGGAUGGGUGGAGUUUUAGCACCACUAAUAAACCUGCUUGGACGCCACACACCUAUUGUGCCCAUGGUGAUAUUUGGCUCCACCCCUCUGCUUGCUGCAGUGCUCGCUCUAGCGUUGCCUGAGACUGCCAAUCAACCACUACCAGACAGCAUUCAUGAUACAGAGAGAUCGGCUCUGAAAUAUGACGGACAAAUUCCUGUACAUACCAGCCAAUUGCCAAGCAACACAGAAGGACAAGAACUGCAGUGUUUAGCAGAUGAGUCCAGUUAGAUGUAUAACACAAACUCUAUGCAGUGUCUCAUUCUAGUGUGUUUACAUUAUUAGUCUUGCUGAUGAUCAGUGAAACUUGAAAAAGGGUCAGGUUUUGAUACAAAAAUGCCUCUUUUGUGACUUUGACAGAUAUUUGAACGUUUCAUACAUUUUUUGAAAUGGUUGUAGGUUGUGUAUUUGAUUGAUUUACAUCUGGAUUAGCAGUUUUAAUAAAACCUGAGUGUAAAGUUUAAAAAAUGGAUGACCGGGUCUGAAAGCAAUGCAAUUUGUGCAUCAAAUGUUUAUGCAAAACAAAAAGAGAUGCUCUAAACAAACAUAAAGGAACAUUUGUGAAUUAGUAAGCUGAACUAACUUCAUUCAGUUUACUUUUAACAGAUAUUUACAUUUAAAAUGUGUUUUUUUUUUUUCUUCUGGCAAAUGGACCAAAAAUAUUAAUGACUGGUCCUGUACUACGCAGAUUUUUGUCCAAUCAAAUGCUCUCUAGAAUGAGAAUGUACCUCCCACUAUCACCAGCUGGCACUCACUAAAAGGCAAAUUUGUGAGUGUUUGGUCUAGUGGAGAGUGAACCAGUGCCUUCUUUGUAAAGUAGUUCUUGACAUAUCGUAUCCAAUGUUUGGGAAUUACACUGGAUUUAUCUUAUGUGGGGAAAGUGGGUUGCAUUUAGAUUUGGUUGAGAUGACAGUUCCCAAAGAUUAUGCCUGGUUGAAAUUGUUUAAUAGCAUGUUAGUAUCCUGAAUUUUCUUAGCUCAGUAGCUAGAUGGGAAAGUAUCUUGUUUAGUGCUGUUUUGUUGGUUGUUUGACUGCAUUUAAUUUUUCUGUUGCUUUAUUGAAAAAGAAGAAGAAGAAAAAACAUCAUCAUACACACAAUUUUUUGGGUUUAUUGUAGACUGGGAUUAAUAUGUAUGUUGCCAACUUUGCUUGAGCCAAUGAUACAUACACUACACAUUGCUGUUAUGAUCCAUGAUCACAAACUCAUAGAUAACUUCAAUCUCUGCCAAAUGACACAAUCUAGUUUUUACCUUUAUAUCCUGACAUUAACUAUGUACUUUAACUGCAUGCAAUUGUUUGAUAGAAAUUAACUCUAUUUUAUUAUAAUGUGAUUUGUCUAAUGUUCUAAAUGCUGAUGGGGUGCAGAAUUUAAAGGGAUAUACACCUAUCAUUAUUUACUCACCCCCAUGCCAUUUUAAACCCUUUUGUCCUACAGAAUACCAUAAAAGCACUGUACUGUAUUCCAAGUCUUCUGAAUCCAUGUGUAAAAUUAUGAAUGAGGAACAGACUAAAAUGUUAAGUCAUUAUUCACAUAAAAGCCUGAAAAAAGCUAUGACCAGGUCAUCGACCAAACUUCUAAUGACUAACUGA